AUGCACCAUUGCCUCAUUCUUUUAUCAGCUCUAAUAUAUGAAAGAUUGGUUAUCUCUUUGCAGCUAUCAGAACUAGUCAACAAUGAAUACUAUAGUGAUUGGAUACGAUUAGUAGCUGAAUUCACAUUAAAGUCUCUGCAAUCCUGGCAGUGGGCUGGCACAAGUGUCUACUACCUUCUUGGGCUUUGGUCCAGAAUGGUAACAUCUUUACGGUAUUUGAAGAGUGAGUCACCCGACCUGUUGAAUGAUUACGUGCCCAUGAUUAUAGAAGGUUUCAUUUCUUCAAGAUUUGAAUCAUUGCAGUCUGAACUGUUGGAUGAACUUUCUGAGAAUCCACUUGACAAUGUUGAACUUCUUCAAGAUCAGCUUGAUUUCUUUCCUCACCUCUGUGGAUUUCAGUAUGAAAAUUGUACUACAUAUAUAUUGAAGAUUUUGGAGCCUAUCUUGCGAAUGUAUAUGGAAGGAGCAGGACUCCAAGUUUGCUCGGAUAAUAAGGAACUCUCAAUCAUUGAAGCCAAACUUGCUUGGAUAGUGCAUAUUGUUGCUGCCAUUCUUAAGAUAAAGCAUAUUGGUGGCUUGAAAAAUGAAUCGCAGGAAGUAUUUGAUGCAGAACUUUCAGCACGCGUUUUGCAGUUGAUAAAUGUCACUGACAGUGGAUUACAUAGUCAGAGAUAUGGUGAAUUGAGCAAACAAAGACUUGAUCUAGCAAUUCUCACCUUCUUUGAACAUUUUAGGAAGUCUUAUGUUGGCGAUCAGGCUGUGCAUUCUGCGAAGAUGUUAUAUUCUCGACUGUCAGAGCUUCUUGGAAUCCAUGAUAAUAUGCUAUUAUUGAAUGCUAUUGUUAGAAAGAUUGCAACUAAUCUAAAGUCUUACAAAGAGAGUGAAGAGCUUAUUAAUCGUACCUUAAGUCUCUUCUUGGAUAUGGUAUCUGGAUAUAUGACUGGAAAGCUGCUUCUGAAGUUGGAUAAUAUCAGAGUCUUAAUAUCUGACAGAGAACACUUUCCUUUUUUAGAGGACCACAGAUGUUCUCGUGGUAGAACAACCUUCUAUUACACUGUUGGCUUGUUAAUAUUCAUGGAGGAUAGUUUUCUGAAAUUCAAAUCUUCAAUGGAUCAUUUUCAGCAGGUUUUUGUCAGUUUGGAAUCGACAACUGAUGCAACGUUUCGCUCAGACACUGUAAAAUAUGCAUUAAUUGGGCUAGUGCGGGAUCUUAGAGGAAUAGCAAUGGCCACAAAUAGCCGCAGAACGUAUGGUUUCCUUUUUGAUUGGCUAUAUCCAGCACAUAUGCUGCUUCUUUUGAAAACCAUUACACAUUGGACUGAUACUCCUGAGGUGACAACUCCGUUGUUGAAAUUUGUGGCUGAGUUGGUACUGAACAAAUCUCAACGAUUGAAUUUUGAGUCAUCCUCUCCUAAUGGUUUACUUCUCUUCCGAGAGAUCAGUAAACUGAUUGUUGCUUAUGGGUCACGGAUUUUGUCCCUUCCCAAUCAAGCAGAUAUGUAUAACUUCAAAUACAAGGGAAUAUGGAUAUGUUUGACCAUUCUUACUAGAGCUCUGUCUGGAAGCUAUGUCAACUUUGGUGUGUUUGAGCUUUAUGGUGAUAGGUCACUCACUGAUUCUCUUGAUGUUGCUUUAAAGAUUACAUUAUCAAUUCCCUUGGCUGAUAUUUUGGCCUUCCGGAAGACCCCUAUACGUAAGGUCUAUGAAUCCAAGGGUAGGGGAAGGAAAAGGGGCAAGGGUACAAUAAGUGAGAGUCCAGUAGAGGAUGUUGACGUGUGCAAGGAGGGGGAUUAG